GGUGCGGUGAUCGCAGACUAUCCGGAAAAGUGCUUGAAGCUCACUUGCCAGAUGCAGAACAUAACUGAAGCACCCUAUAUCGCGGGCGCUAUAGUGGAGGAUUCCGUGGACAACUGCAGCUGCUGCAGCCUGGGUGGUGAGCUGUAUGAGAACGGCCACCUGCUUACUGACGACGACCACUGUAUAGCUGUGAGAUGCGUGGAUGGCCAAUGGACCAAUGAGAACUACAUGAACGGCGAUUGCCGGUCCUGCUUUGUGCAGGAUCUCUGGAGACAGUCGCUACGUUUUGACGGCACAGCAUAUACCCACUCCGACCCUGAUUGCAGUUACUCGCUGGUGCAGGAUGGCCUUGGCUCAAACCCUGAUUCUUAUAUUGGCAUUGACAUCCAACCAGGCGCUCUCGACGGCCAAUAUACGCACGAAACCCUCAUCUUCAAGGACGACGGCGCUGAGGCUGUGACUUGCCCGGCUGAUGAUCCCGUUAACGGCUGUAGUUUCGGAGCCGUGACCGCCGACCCGACGGAGAUCGGAUCCUCUGGCACCCUGGCCUUCACGUACAUGAUCGGCAGCCUCCAGUUCACGGCGCUCAUGGGGUCCAAUGGGAUUACAACGCUGUACUCGCAGAACUCGCUCCUCGUGCUUGCAUCCACCAGCAGACAAGACGAGCUGUACGGCCUUUGCGGCGCCUUCGACGGGGACGGCACCAACGACUUCACGACCAGCGACGGCGUGGUCACCACCGACACGGCCGAGUUUACGCAGUCAUACCAGAUUGACUGCCCCGCCGGACGGGCUCACUCGAUCCGCAUGCAUUCCCACAAGCCUAUGCCCGAUGAGUGUGCAGAUGAAACAGACGAAGACAUGCAAAUGUACAAGGACCACUGCCACUCUCUGAUGGCGCCCAUGCAGGAAAUAGCCCCGACCCCCAUGCCGAUGCACCCGAGCAGGAAAUGCAUGUGUGUGAGCUUCAUGUGCCGCUGCACCGACGACCACGAGACAGAGCUCUGCUUUACCUCGAUGGAGAAGAUACAGGAGAUGGCAGAGGAGAUAGCAGAAAGAUCCUUCUCGCCCGACGAGAUCAAGCAGCUCAUCAACGAAGGGGCUUCACUGGCGACCUAAGGGCUUGUCAACACUGCAGAUGGUUCAGUUACUACUCUUGUCCUCCAGCUUCUCUCUGAUCUUGAAUUCCCUGAGACGUACAACCUCCAUUGGAGAGGCAGAUUUAUUCCCGCUUCGGAUUAAUGCCACCACUGAUUCCGCCCAUCCCCUCUUCCUCAUCCUUUUCUAUCUUAUUAUUUUGAGGGAGGCAAUCAGUAGUUCCUGAAUUUCAGAACUUACGACGCCGAUUUUAUAACCUGAAGUCAAUAAAGAGCAGCAGCGUC